GGAACGACGGUGGAACGCGACGACGAGGACCGACGGUGGAACGCGACGACGUGAGAGAAGAAGGCGCCAGCGACCUACGAGAUGAGUCAAACAAGUGCUUAUGGCCCUUACACACCUGGUUUCAAUACUGUGAUAAAGUUAAACCUGGAUGACGUGGAAGUUCCAGUAGAGUUUAUUGCACAAUACAAAUCUAUGCUGGGAAAUCAUGUUGUGGUUAGGGAUCCUGUAGGGGGGGAGUUCACCUUUCAGUUGGUUGUGGGUAAUAAUGGAGGUUUGCUCAUUGAUGCUGUGGUCAAGUUUGUAAAAAUGUAUGAUUUGAAAAGAAAUCAUUGGGCAGAUUUCUCCUAUUGUGGAAAGAACAAGUUUUCUAUCAGGAUAUUUGAUAGACUGAUGAAUCAAAUAAGCUAUGGUGCUGGCCCUUCUGUAAGGCAACCUGAUGUUGGGAGUUCAGGUAAGAAUGGUGAAGAGGUGGUUGUGUCUGAUGUUGGUGAUAAGGAUGAAGUUGGUGGGGAAGUUCCAGUGGAUGAUGUCGGUGGUAAGGUUGAAGUUGGUGGGGAAGUUUCAGUUCCAGUGGCUGAUGUUGGUGAUAAGGAUGAAGAUGGUGUGGAAGUUCCAGUUCCAGUGGCUGAUGUUGGUGGGGAGAUACCAUUAGCUGAUGUUGGUGGGCAGUUUAUGGAUGUGGAUAACAUUGAAGAGAAUGAUGUAAUUAUGAUAUCAAGUGAUGAUGAGGAGGAUGAUGGAAUUGUGCAAUUAAGUGAUGAGGAGGAGGAUGAUGGAAUUAUGCAAUUGAGUGAUGGAGAGGAGGAUGAUGGUGUGGAGAGGGUUAUUCAUAAUUUUGAUAAGGUCAUUAGCAGCUCUGAUUCUGGUGGAGGCCAGACAAUGGCAUUGCCUAAGUUGUAUGUGGUGAAUCAUAUUAGGGCAAAUUGGGAGAAUAUCGUUCUACAAACCCCUAGGGGUAGAACUUAUAGUUGUCUGCUGAAAAGAAGGAAUCCAAGAAAGAUUGAUACUCCAAUCCACAUUGCAAAGGAUUGGUAUCAAUAUGUGAAGGAUCAUGAGUUGAAGUAUAGGGAUGUUGUGCACUUUAGGCCAGUUAGCACUCACAACAAUUUGGUUAAUGUUACCAUUACCCGUGGGCAGCCGUAG